GCCGGGCAGCCAUGGCACUCCACAUGGCUCACAGCAUCAGCAUCAGCGUCCUCGUCCUCGUCGUGAUUGUGAUGAGCGACAUGACAAAUGCCGGUGUGCAGGGACCCAUCGAGGGAUACAAUUCACUGGACGAGCUACUGACAACCACACAGUCGGUGGGGCAGGCGGCCCUCUUUCAGCCCACCACGCCUACCGCCGCCUACACGCACCCCAAGUGGAUGGAGCCCUACUUCGAUCCCUCGACUCCGCGCAAUGUCACCGCCCUAAUGGGCAAGUCGGCCUACCUGAGCUGCCGUGUGCGCAAUUUGGCCAACAAAACGGUGUCCUGGAUCCGGCAUCGUGACAUACACAUCCUGACCGUCGGCUCGUACACCUACACCUCGGACCAGCGGUUCCAGGCCACCCACCACCAGGACACUGACGACUGGACCCUCCAGAUAAAGUGGGCCCAGAAGCGGGACGCCGGGAUGUACGAGUGCCAGAUAUCAACGCAGCCGGUCCGCAGCUAUUUCGUUCGCCUCAAUGUAGUCGUGCCAACGGCCACCAUCCUGGGAGGUCCUGACCUUCACGUUGAUAAAGGCAGCACCAUAAAUCUCACUUGCACUGUAAAGUUCAGCCCCGAGCCACCGGCCUACAUCUUCUGGUAUCAUCACGAGGAGGUCAUUAAUUAUGAUUCAUCAAGAGGCGGCGUGUCGGUAAUUACCGAAAAGGGCGAUGUGACAACCUCAUUUCUCCUCAUACAGAAUGCAGAUCUGGCCGAUUCUGGCAAAUAUUCCUGUGCGCCCUCCAAUGCAGAUGUUGCCAGUGUGCGUGUGCAUGUCCUAAAUGUUCGGGCCAUAAUUUCAGGUGAACAUCCGGAGGCAAUGCAAACUGGUUCAUCCGGUUGUCAGUACAAUUGGCUGACAAUUGUCCUGCUGCUGGGCCUCGUCCUGUGCUACAGUCAACAAUGCUCGGCCACCGCCGCCGCUCUGCCAUCAUCGCCAGGACAACCGUCGACGAGUGAAAGUGCCGCCAAUGAAAGUGCCGUCACGGCGCGAAAACGAUGUCCUGCGGUCGCCAUUUGUCGCCAAGCCACAGUGCAUGUCCGGGCCAAAAGGUCCUGUCACAGAUGAUCGAACGAAGGACAACCAGCCAGCCAGUCAGUAGAGUAAUUUAACCAGCCACAUGAAAUGUGUGCCAGAGCGUGUGUGUUAGAGCGAGUGUGUGGAUGUGGUGUGUCAGUUCUAAACUAUUAAUCAAAACAUAGGCAAUGCCAAGCAAUGGCUUAAUUAAGAUGUCUAUAAUA